AUGAGCAGCACCCCGCCCUUCUUCUCGCCGGGCGUCGGGUACGCGCUGGUCGUCGGGCUGGGCGCCGCCUUCGCCAUCGGCAUGUCGCUGCUGUCGUGGGGCCUGUCGCGCUACAUGGCCGAGGUGCAGACGUCCGAGAUGUACAUGACGGCCAAGCACUCGGUCAAGACGGGCCUGGUCGCCACCGCCGUCGUCAGCUCGUGGACCAUCGCUGCGACGCUGUUGAGUAGUACGACUGAUGGCUAUUUAUACGGCGUUAGUGGUCCCUUUUGGUACGCGUGCGGCGCUACAUUUCAGAUCUUCAUGUUCGCUCUGGCUGCCAUUGAACUCAAACGCAAAGCUCCCCGCGCCCAUACCUUCCUCGAGGUUGUCAAGAAGCGUUACGGGCCCCCAGGCCACAUCACGCUCAUGUGCUACAGCUUGAUCUUCCAGAUAUUCACCACCGUCAACUUGCUCGUCGGCGGCAGCACGCUGUACUCGUCCAUGACCGGCAUGAACCGCGAUGCCGCUUGCUUCCUGUUCCCGAUAGGAGUAUUGAUCUACACGCUGUUUGGCGGUAUCAAAGCGACGUUUCUUACAGACUGGGCACACACUGUCAUCAUCUAUAUCGUGAUGCUCACGACACUGUUUAUGGUUUACACGACCUCCUCCGCCAUUGGCUCGCCGGACCGCAUGUGGGAGCUGCUGCGUGAGGCGGCGGCGCUGCAUCCGGUCGACGGAAACAUGGAAGGGUCGUAUCUGACCAUGAAAAGCCCUGGCGGUGGAUACAUCGGAUUGAUCUUCAUGGGCGCGUCGUUUGCGAGUUGCGUUGAUUCACAGCUCUUCCAAAAAGCCAUCGCCGCUGAUCCCUCCGCGACCUACCCUGGCUACAUGCUCGGCGGCCUCUGCUGGUUCACGAUCCCGUUCGUACUGGCGUCAACUUUCGGCCUCGCCGCCGUUGCUACUGAACACCUACCAAUCUUCCCUACUUACCCCGCCCGCAUGACGACGGAGGAGGUGUCCGCGGGCAUGGCGAUGCCGUACGCUGCGUAUGCCGUCAUGGGAAAGGGAGGCGUGAUUGCUGUGCUGCUGAUGGGAUUUAUGGCCGUGACGAGCGCGAUGUCCUCCGAAACCGUCGCCACCGCCGCUCUCGGCACCUACGACAUCUACAAAGCCUACAUCAACCCGAACGCCACCUCCGCGCAACUCGUCCGUGUCUCCCACACCAUCGUUAUCAUAUUCGGCGUCGUCGUCGCUGCCAUCAGUGUCGCCUUUAACCACGCUGGCUUCAGCGUCAACUACCUCAUCACGUCGAUCGGCAUCUUCGUCGACUCAGCCAUCGUGCCCAUGGCCUGCACCAUCAUGUGGCGCAAGCAGAGCCUGGCCGCCGUCAUCAUCGCGCCGCUCUGCUCGACCGUCGCCGCCGCCGUGGCCUGGUUCUGCACCGCCUACACGCACUACGGCGCCGUGACCAUCGACACGACGAGCCAGCCGCUGCCGCUGGUGGCGGGGAAUAUGAUGUCCAUAUGCGGCCCCAUGGUCUUGACGCCGCUGAUCACGUACAUCAAGCCGGCCAACUUCGACUGGGAGGUCUUCAAGCAGAUCAAGUCGGACGUCGGCACGCUCGAGGAGCUGCAGUCUCAGAGUCGACGACAGCAGCAGCAGCAGCAGCACGGCGACAACGACGACGAAAUUACUGCAGCUGCGACCCCGCAAGUAGUCGUCGUCGCCAAGAACGGAGCAGAGAAGAAAGCAGACGACAACAACAACGACAACGAAGAGGAAGAAGAAGAAGACAAUGAACGCCGACACGACGAGGAGGUGAACGCGCGGCUGCUCGUAGCGCGCAAGAAGGCGGCCAUCUGCUGCGUCGUGCUCUGCCUGUGCCUCUGCAUCCUCUGGCCGAUUCCCAUGUACGGGUCUAACUACGUCUUCUCCAAGCCCUUCUUCCGCGGCUGGAUCGUCGUCGUCUUCCUCUGGGGCUUCUUCGCCGCCAUCGCCAUCACCUGCUACCCCAUCUGGGAGGGCCGCGCCUCCAUCGCCCGCUUCUUCCGCUACGCGAUGGGCCGCAGCGCCAAGCAGGGUCCUAUUGAAGGAGUUGUUGUUUUACGACGCGAGGACGGCAACAGUGGUCACGAGAGCCGCAGCAGCGGCGUUGCUGAGUCGGAUGCCAAGACUGCUGAGAAGAUGGGGUGA